UGUUCAUAUUAUAUUUAGUGUAAUACUGAUGUUAGAGAAUUGUGGUGAAACAAAUAAAAGAAAACAAAAUUAGAUAACUUAUUUGUUCUUUAUAUUAAUACAUCAUUACAAAAAUAUUACUACUAAGAUGUCCAAUCGCCACAGAAGAACUCGAAUUUAUGGAGCCAAUUAUGAUAUCGGAGAAAGCUAUUACAAAAAACAACUUAAUGAAUUAGAUAACAAAGCAGGAUACAACAGGAAUUUUAAUACAACUGGCGUUGAUUCUACAAUCGAGAAUAAAUCUAUUCCAAAAGUCAGUUUUCUUUGUUCGGAUUCAGAGUACAAUGAUAACGCAUCUAGACUAAUACGUCCCAGCACUGAUAUUAAUAGUUUGGAGAUAGAAGAUAAUAAAAUCUAUAAAAAUGCUCUAACAGAACAUAGACAUUUUAAAGAUUAUGAGGAUGAAUUCUUAAAAGGACCACCAAAACCCAGAGCAGCUGACCUUCUUCUUGAGAACGUACGGCAUAGUAAAGAUUUGGCUGAAGAAAAAAAUCGAUCUUAUCUCAAAUAUUCAUUUGCAAAAGAAGAAUCUCCAUUAGAUUUUGAAAACAAGGCUGUUUCCAGCGUGUCCGUUCGCUCUAAAUAUGUUUACGACAACGUUCUAGUAAAAGGAAAAGCUGGAGAAGAUAGCGAUACAUCUCGUAGAGUCAAUGCAACCAAGGCACGCCUCCACGAUUUAGAGGAAGAAAUUUCAACUAUGACGAGUAAACAAAAUGAGCGUGAAAAACGAAAACAAAACUUAAAAAAAAUUUUGUCCUCAUCUUCGAACAAUGAAAAUAUUGAAUAAUCGAUGAUAUUAAUCUAUAAUCAGUUUUACAAUAUGUACAUACAUAUGUUGCGUAUUUAAAACGUCAAAGUGUAAUCCAUGAAUAUAUAAAUUAAAUACUAUAUUUAAUUAAAAAA